CCGAACGCGAAGGACGGUUGGUUCAGACAGAACCUGGAAGCGGCAGGAGGAGCCAUCUCGGCCCCCGCGGAACCUCGAUCUGUGCUCUGAGGCUCUGAGCAGUGCGGACGCUGUCCUGGCUGCUGCAGCUGUGACUGUUGGGAGGCAGAGGCGGAGUCGUGCGCGCCAGGUGUUCGACGAGGUGCCGCAACCAUGUUAACGCCAUUGCGCGUGUUGCUGCGGUGCCGUCGGCCGCCGAUCCGCGCCGCCGCCACGUUCUUUACCAGCUCGGGAAGCGCACCCCUCGCGCCUCCUCCUGCGCUUGUGGAGACCGCUGAUGAGUCGGAGCAGGAGGGGUCGUCCAUCGCACCGGACUCCAGGUCAUGGAAUGGGUGAUCAGAGAGAGACCCUACAAGCUGAGUGAGCUUGAUUACUCCUAUCUCCUAGAGUUCACAGCUAAAGUUCAUGGCAUUUCUGAAGCCGAGAGCCUCUUCCUCCGUAUACCUCAAGAAUUCCGGAAUGAGCUGCUCUACAAUAACCUUGUAAUGGCUUGUUUGGAGCAGGGCUUGAUUAAGCUUUCAUAUGGUUACCUGAGGAAGAUGAGGGAACUGUCCCUGCCAAUUUCACCGUACGUUUACAAUCGCUUGAUCAUCCUCCAUUCUUCUGAGGGGCGUAGGAAGACUAUCUCCAAAAUCCUCGCUCAGAUGAAAGCCAGUAGAGUGACCCCCCACACCUCAACCUACAACAUCUUGCUGAAAAUACAGGCCAAUGAUCACAAUAUUGAUGGAGUGGCGAGGGUGUUCAGUGAUAUGAAAAGAGCAAAGAUUGAGCCAAAUGAGAUCACUUAUGGCAUUCUAGCAAUUUCACAUGCUGUAGCAAGGCUAUAUACUGUUUCCCAGACAUACAUAGAAGCCAUCAAGAAUUCUAUGACAGGUACUAACUGGUCUACACAGGAAAUUCUUCUUAUCUUGUAUGGGUACCUUGGAAAGGAACAUGAGCUAAAGAUGACGUGGAACCUCAUGCAAUGCCUUCCUCAUAUUCGAUCCAAAAGCUUUACACUAGCAAUUGAAGCAUUUGGAAAGGUUGGCUGUGUUGAGCAGGCAGAAGAGAUUUGGCGAGAGAUCAAAUCAACAAGGAAGCUAAAGCUUACAGAACAGUUCAAUUCCAUGUUAUCAGUUUACUGCAGGCAUGGCCUUGUGGAUAAAGCAGCGGCCGUGUUCAAAGAAAUGAGAGCAAGUGGUUGUCAACCAAAUGCUAUUACGUAUUGUCACUUGGCAUUGGGUUGCUUGAAAGCAGGUUUUGUGAAACAAGCUGUGAACACAAUGGAUAUGGGAAAAAAGGAAGUUGUCACAAGGAAGGUGAAAAGUUCAACACCAUGGUUGGAGACCACUCAUUUAUUGCUUGAAAAUUUUGCAGAGAUUGGUGACUUAGAAAAUGCGAAGAAAGUUUUUGCAGAACUGAAUGAAUCAAAGUACUGUAGAAAUUCCUUUGUGUAUAAUACCCUUCUAAAAGCUUAUGUUAAAGCAAAAGUUUAUGAGCCAGAUUUUGUAAAGACGAUGAUUUUGAGAGGUGCAAUGCCUGACGCCGAGACACAUAGCCUUCUGGGACGCGGCUCAUCUGACGUACGGCCCACACACUGACGUGUGGGCCCGGACCCACCCAUCAGCGGCCCAACGGUAGGGGGCCGUACGUCAGGGGAUCCGGCUCCAGCCUUCUGAGACUGAUUGAACAGUACAAGACAUGAUACUGUCCAUACAGUAACCACUAACCAACUGCCGGGGCUUUGAAGGAUUAGGAUGAAAAGGAAACAUCAGUGCUAAGUUGAGCCAUUUCUUCUGCACACGAUGCAUUCAAUCGUCAUUUGACUGUGGGAGUGGUACAUGAACAUGUGCACAAUCCAAUUGAUGAAUGCACCUUCUUUUGGUAUCCAAGCAGGUUGCCCAAAACUUGCAUGGUCAAAAUAUCGAAACUGGUGUUUCCUUUGUGUAUGAGUUGCAUAAAACAAUCAGUUAGGUCAGCGAGUCUUUGUUAGAAUGUAUAGUUUUUUUAUUGCCAUUUUGAUUUUGUUUCUGAAACAUUGCAGGAGAUCUGCAUUUCACUUAAAACUAGACUAGAAGGGACCAAGGGAAAUUACACCAGUCACUGGACAAACACUUCCAAGAAAAAUUACAAACUCAGCAUUUUACAGUUACGUCGAGACUAGAUAGACAUGUUACAUGUACUGAAGAUAUUGUACUACCCAUAACAGUAUUUGUAGCUCUCUAUUGCUACGUUGUUCCCAGGUGCUGGUCACAAAAUGAGCAAUCAUGUGCAUAUCCAGGAGCAGUCUGACAUUUUUGCAGAGGUUUGCACAUGGACAAGGUUUGAGAAGCUGGUGAAUUCCAUAAACUCUAUUUGACGCUGACCCAUCCAACCAUCUUGAUCUCCAGAACUACCAAUGGUGAUACUUUUGGACCUCGCGAAAUAUCUGUGAUAUACUCUAUAGUGUUUCCUGUUGUUCGGUGUAAUCAAAUGA